AAGUAACACAACCAAGAGCUUUAAUUUGUAGUUGAGAAGUCUAUUAAUUAUAACAAGAAUGAAAGGCACUCUCCUUCGCCUGUUUGUGAUUCUCUUAGGGCUCUCUCAUCUUAUAUGCUUCAAAGCAGUCCCUAUUACAAGAACUGAAAGCCUUAUGCAAGGUCCCCACGUUCAUCUUGCACCGGAGAAUACCCACAACCACAAGAUUAUCAAUGGAAGAAACUUGCACGGGGAGGAGCCAACCAUUAUUGAGAGGAUGGACUUGGAACUCCAUGACUACCCUGGUUCUGGGGCUAAUAAUCGUCACACUCCAAGGACACCAUAACCAUAAUAUGUGUGAAAUGCUGUGUUGAUUGUUAGUGGCUCUACGUAAUACAACCUUAUAAUGUUAACACAGUUAUCAAGUUAACAUAUAUUGUUUCUCAAUAACUUUAUUUAGUAGACAUAAUAUAGGUCGAUCGUAGAAGCAAUUAUGAAUGUAUGACGAGGUAAAGGACUAGCUAGGUAAACUGAAAUCAAAGUGUUCAGUGUGAUUAAUGAGAGAACUCAGACCCUUGUGUUUGUUAGUUUGAAUUGCUGCGUAUUUAUUGCAACACCUAUG